ACCGGGGGUGCACUGUUCUCUGUGGCCAUGGCCGUGGCCGUCUUCCUGCUCCUGGUGGACCUGAUGCACCGGCGCCAGCGCUGGGCUGCUCGCUACCCACCAGGCCCCGUGCCCGUGCCCGGGCUGGGCAACCUGCUGCAGGUGGACUUCCAGAAUGCGGCCUACUCCUUCUACAAGCUGCGAAGUCGCUUCGGGGACGUGUUCAGCCUGCAGCUGGCCUGGAAGCCGGUGGUCGUGGUCAACGGGCUGGAGGCCGUGCGGGAGGCGCUGGUGAAGCACAGCGAGGACACCGCAGACCGGCCGCCGAUGCCCAUCUAUGAGCACCUGGGCUUCAGACCGAAUUCCAGAGGAGUGGCCCUGGCGCCCUACGGACCCGCCUGGCGUGAGCAGCGCAGCUUUUCCAUGUCCACCCUGCGCAACUUCGGCCUGGGCAAGAAGUCGCUGGAGCAGUGGGUGACGGAGGAGGCCGCCUGCCAGUGUGCCGCCUUUGCCGCCCAGGACGGACGCCCCUUUAGCCCCAACGCUCUCCUGAGCAAAGCGGUGAGCAGUGUGAUCGCCUCCCUCCUCUACGCACGUCGCUUCGAGUACGAGGACCCGGGCUUCAUCAGGAUGAUGGACCUGCUGGAGGACGCUCUGAAGGAGGACUCUGGCUUGCUCCCCAG